GCACGAAGCCUCGGAGGGGUUAAGUCUGAAGUACUGCUUUCAGUUCUCUGCUUAUCCAGAUGGAUUUAGUGCAGUUAGAGAUGGUACCAGCAGUGACAACUGAAUUGAUCAGGGGAAAUGGAACCAGUGUCCUCGGAGGAGAAGUUAAAAGGCUGGGACUCCUCGGUUCAGACAGAGAUUUAUCUCUGGGAUUUAUACAGUCAUGACGGGGGUGAAAAGCUGAAUGUGAGACCUCCAAGACCUGCAGUGCAAAAGCUAGAGGGCACUCAGCAGAGCUAGAUGGAGGUCAGGUUUGUAACAGGUAAAACAAAAUACUCCUUCCUCUUCCGAAACUUCAGAUAGUGAACUUGCUCCCAGGAGGAAGUGAAGGCAGUGAUAUCAGCAGGUUCAAAAGGGAUUGGGUGAUUUCAUGGACAGCAGGACCACAAAUGGAUAGCAAAAUUACAGUGCCUUGUAACACCACUGUAGUGACUGUGUAUGGGUGAGCCUGCUGGGAAUGGGCUGCAAAGGCAGUCAUGCUUUCCCUAUGUAGCCUCUCUAAAUAGCCCUCCACUGCUGGAAAUGGGAUGCUGUGCUGCAUGGACCGCUUGCCUGACCCUGCAGGGCACGUCUUAUGCAGUGCUAGAAGCAUACAGUGCUUUCCUUUGAAAAGGUCUGGUUGUUAAUGUGCUGAAUUCUUGUAAGGAUAAUCAAGAAAUAGUUGGUAGCAAGCAUGUUAAUACUGCAUUGUUGAUACUGGAAGUAUUUUAAUGUGUCAGUCUGAUCCAUCGAUAGUCAAAUGCCUGCCUGCUACUGCGUGUGUUACUGAUGUGACAUUUAUUUGGAAAAUGUACAGAUUGGGAAGUGAAUUUUGUGUGUGCUUAUUGGUUUUUCUUGGCACUGAGUGUUGGUUAUCUCUGAAGUGAGGAGCCAGGUGCUGUAUGGUGCCCCGAAGGUGUGCACGGCAGCUCCGCAGGAAGCAGUUUCUGGUUAGGAGCAGUUUCUUCGUGCUGCAGUACUGCCCGAGAUGCUUUGUGCUCAUUUGAAGUUGGCCAAGUGGAAGGAUGAGACAGAAGAGGGACUCUUUGGCUGUGCACACCCACAGGUGGGGCCCAGGGCUUGGGGCUCGGUGUCCGUGCCGUGCACCUUCCUGUGGGCCGGGGCAUCCACACAGCGCGUGGUGCCUGCCCAGCUCCAGCUGCCCAGACAAGCCCUGCUUUUUGUGGGGUAUGCGGGCUUUCUGUUACUUACAUCCAGGUUUCUGUGGACUUAGUUAGACGUCGUUUCGUUAUCCACCUUUGUAGCAUGGAGGGCACCUGCGAAGAGAGGAAUGCAGCACUGCAACACUUCAGUAUAGCAAACAGAGAAGUGCUUUAAAAUGUCUGGGUUGUAUUAUUUGGGAACAAAAAUAGGCUGUUUUAAUUAGAGGAUGUGUGUGUUCUUUUCACACGGAGAACUCCCCGUGCCUGUGUUGCUGCCCUGGACUCGGGCUUUGGGUAGGGGCCCUUCCAUGCUGUGCUGUUCAGGGUUGCUUUGCUGUGUCUGAGGAAACCCGGAGCGGUACUGAUGAAAACCCAGCAUAGGAAACGGUCGCGGUGCUCUCAGAGGUGCUGCUGGGAAGCGUUUGGUUUUGAGUGGGAUGAAACGGGGGCCAAGUUGUUUGGAGCAUCUCCUCUUCACAUUUCAGUUCAGUGAAUGUUAACACAGACGAAGAGCUCAGAACUGCCUGAGCAAAGCCUGGGCGAAGCAAGCCUCCAUCCGGUGAGCGUUUGAUGGCAUCGUCCUUCUGUUUUCCGGGGCUGUAGGGCAAAAAUACACGCAGCCUUUUAAGUCUUCACACCCAAAUAUGUUUAUGCGUAUUUUUAGUCACUAUUUACUGCUGGCAAAUUUAUCUUGAUGUGACAAAAAAGUUUCAGAUGUAUUGUUCUCCUAACAAAGAUUUGACCCUCGCCUUUACAGACAGAGUUUCACUAUUUUUCCUCCCGGCCUUUAGUUCAAAGGCACUUCUCAGCACGCAGGCAUUGUAUGAAGCAGAGAUGUGUGCUUUAUAUCACAGGAGUUUAGAGAACAAUGCGAAGGUCAAUUGUGUUGCUUGCUCUCCUGUCACAUGGGGUGGGUGUGUACAUGAAUGCAUCCCUGGAAUUCCACUGUGGGAUUUGCAUCUUUGAAGCCGCUGCUAAAAUUACUGCGGAGGCUCUUCCAAAGGCGGAUACUGAUAGAAGAUUCAAUGGAAUCGAAGGUCGCCAGCCUGGUAGGCGUUGAAAGAUACCUGGCUAUGAUACUAUUUCUGAUUUAAUAAUGCGAAUGGGAGGCUAGCCCUUUGUAAUAAUUAGGACUAAUUACUGAAGAGGUGUUGACAGAUGGGCUAAGAGGAAACAAACUGCCUUUAUCCAAUGGCUUAGAGUCAGAUUACUAGUCUUGUGUUAUCUGUUUCUCAGAAAGUAGAAGCUUCAAUCAUUCACUAAGUCUUCAAAGGGGAAAGGGAUCCUCACAAGGUACAGGAUUUGGGAUGAAGCUAUGAAAUACGUCUUUGACUCAAAAUGGCUAAAUUAAUCUCCUUUCCGUAAAUUAUCAUACUUUUAAAGUUUGAGUUACAGACGGAGAAUCUGAUUAUGGUCCUGCAGAAGAAGUGAAAUCAAUCUGAUGGCUGUCCCGUUGUUCAUUGCUGCUGCUCGUGGAUCAGCCUACCCUCAGUUCCUCGCUCUGUUCGUAAGGUCACGAUUCCUUUCUUUUCAUCUCAUGCCACGCUUGUUAUCUGCCUGAGAAGGAGAACAGGGUAAAUACACUGCAAUCCCCCACACUGUUUUAUGCAGAUCUCACAUUUGCUUAUGAGCAGAAAAUGCAUCUGCCAGAAGAUGACAGUUCCUUACCUUUGUAGGAGACAGGAUCACAGGCAUUUUAGGAAGAAGGUAAUGGUAAUUGGGUUUACCAAAGAAUUCCUCGCUGAUGCAGCAUUUCCUUAAGAUAUCCUUCUCCUUGUGGAGGCGGAGGCCUUUCAGUACGGCUGCACGACGUGGGCACAGCGCGGCUGUCCCAUGCGGAUGGAGCUGGCAGAGACGUUCAGGGUUAAUCUGUUGUCCCAGGAAUGGGCACUCGUGUGGCUUACUGCAGGCGAGGGUUUGGCAGCCCCCCUAAGCCCCGCUUUUUCUGAGAAGUGCGAGACAAAUACGAUUGCAUUUAAUAGCGUUUAUCAGAAGUAGCUUUCAAUUAUUUAUUUACUUUUUAACAAAAGAGGCCUUUUAAUUAGUGUUUAAAUAUUUAUACUAGUUUUAUCGUGCUGUAAAAUUGGUUAUACUUUGAUCUAGCUUUCCUGGUUUGAGAUAAUAGGACGGGUAAAAGUUUUCCUAAUGAAUUUGGUCAGAAGAUGACACUGUGAUGAUGUGGUGAAAGGCUGGCACUUCAGCUCCUGGCAGCGCGCUGCACCGGGGCUGCUGGGCGCACAGUCGGGGCCUGCAAGUUCAAGUCCAGGUGCUGCGGAAUGGUUCCGAGCUUCCCAUGAGGGCAGGGACACAGCUCUGCGUUUCGGUCGAUUUUUGGCCAGAAAGUUUAUUGCAGGUGACAGGAGCGGAGUUUGGAGUCCCGUGUGGAAACCACGGAACUGUGCUCUGGAACUCUGGUUUUAUGUCUGUCCAUCUGCUAGAUGUUAAUUAUCAUUAUUCCUUAAAGCAGAUCAGCUAGUUGGUCAGAACGUCACACACACACAGGAAACUGAGCUGAGAGCUGAGCAUCGUCAGUACUCAGCCGCUGUUCAGCUUGGCACCUGCUUUUUGUUAGUAUUAAUUAAUUAACAUUAAUAACGCGACUGUGACUCAGGCUCAGAGCAUUGGACAUGAGAGCUUAUUUAAUGAAAGCAUCUUACAUGGCUUUUCAAAAUGGAUAUAGCCUUGAUGAAACUGGCAUGAAAGAGCAGCUGUGGGUUUGUAUCUCAAGAGCAAGCUUAGGUUAAACUGUUAAAAUAAACAUUUUAUUUUAUACUCAGGUAAUAUUUGCCUCGUAAACGUCAGUCCUGUUUGCACUGGAAUUACAGUGAUUCUCAUUAGAUUUCCUAGAUUAAUUUGCUCUCUAAUAGCUUGACUUCUCCAAAUGAAAUUUGUUUACACUUUAUUGGAAUCCUAAUAGGCAAGUUAUUAAUUGGGCCUGAAUUUUGGGAGGUAUUCUAUAGCAUGACAAUACUUGAUAAUCUUUAACUCUGACAUACACUUAAACAUGGCAUGGGUCACGUUGUUCCCUCUCUUUGUGUCUCGGUGCCUCCCGCCCGCAGCUGAGUGCAUCCGUGUUCAUUAAGGGGCAUUGGUGUCCAAAUGAGCUCCAGGACUUCCAUCUGGAAGUGGCGGUAAUUUUUAUUUCAAGUGUGGCCAAAGCAAAAUAAAAUACACCACUAAAUAUUAGUACACAUUUCUGUUUUAACGUAGUUGGGCUUCUUGAAGAGUAAGAAGAGCUUUAGUGAUGCAUGCAGUAAGCUGAUGUAAGAGUAAAAUGUGGCUCUCAUAAAACUGACUUGAAACAUGAAAAUUCACGUGAUUUGAAGACAAGUGUAAAAAUGAGCUCUGGCCCCGUCUCCCUUCUGGCUGCAGAAGGCCACGUUCUGAGCACGGUUCCGCGUCCGUUUCUGGCAGCUCCAGGUUGGGUCCUGCGCAGGGAAUCGAUCGGAGAGGCACAGUGUGGUGCAUUUCAGAAGCAGACAUUAAUUUCCUAUAGGUGGUUUUUUAUUGCACAGUGUCACGUUACAUGUCCUUAAUUCCACGCUCUGCAGUUAUAUUUCACACUUUGAAGAAAAAAAGCGUAGAAGACAAAAUGUCAUCCGCUGCGUUUCCUGUGCCCUGUGGGAGGAAGAGAAAAGUAAUAGAACAGACAAAUAAAUAAAAGCGGUGUUGAAACUGCCGUGACAGCUCCUGCAAUCAAUUGUUUGUCUGCGUUGGUCAGGUGCCAGAAUAACAGCAUCCUAUUAUACAAGAGUAGAUUAAUUAAAGUAAUUAUAACAGAAUAAAUUAAAUAAUCAUAAAAGUUUGUCAUGGGAAAAAUAUGUGUUUAGAAUUAAUUAGUUUUCAAAUGAAGCGAUGCUUUAAUUGGGCAGAGUUACAGAAUCCUUAAUUGCAGGCACACAAUUCCGGCUCAAAUAACUUCAGUUGCUGUAACAACUUGAUACGUUUCUUCUCUGUCAAUUCUUUUUAAUAGUUUGUUACCAAAGAAGAUUAUUGCAGGAAAUGUCUGGAGCUGUAAUUAGGCCCAUGCUACCCGAGGACGUCGUUAGCCCAUGGGAGCGGAAGGCGUGCAGUGCUGCAGCAGCGCUGCUCGCUGCGGGGCCGUGGCCGUGCGGGGCCGCUCUGCGCUCCCUGUUGCGGUGCGUCAGUCGGCCGAGCUGACGCUCACUGUGCUCUGGGUGCUGCAGUGAGGCGGUGCCGUAAAUCUUUUCACUGACGUUCUGCAUUUUCACAUUCUCUGGAUUUUCUAGAUCUGGCCUUGUCACUUUCUUUUCUAAUAUCGUUUUUUGCAUUCCCUUUAUGGAGGGUGUGUCGCAGAGAACAAGUGCCGUGCUUUGUGCCGACAUCGCCUCGCUGUACCGGGCAGGUCGUGCCUCCCAGAGUAAAUCGUAGGGCGUCCUUCCUCAUCUGCAACGUGAGCCUGUUGAUGAAACAGCAGAACUUCGUCCAUUUCAGCUGUAUUUUGGGCUGCCCUUACUAAAAACCACCAUGCUGACAUUGCGAUGGAGGGGUCCCCCGAUUUCAGCCCCUGUAUAUUCAGUGUGAAUGUAACUGAUAUUUGGCUGCCCUCAAAAUGCUGCCUUCAGUGAGAUGUGCGGCGCCCAGCGGUGUAACGCUGCCGGGAAGGCCGGGCAGCCGACGGCGGAAGGCAAAAGUGCCAGAAUGAAAGGCUGAAAAAAAUGAUCAGUCUGACACAGUGGGAGUAUUAGAAUGAUUAAUGCUUGUGUUAAUUUAUGGCUCUUACAUAUUGAUUAAUAGCUUUUUGUUCCAGUGACCACAAUGUGUAAGUGGCAAUGAGAUCCAUAUGCUAACUCGGUGUCUUUCGGAUAAUUACCAUCCUUCUUUCUUUUGUUCCCAUGCUGACUGUUUUUGUAUGGAAAAUAAUUACUAUACGGUGACUGUAAAAAUGGCAGAUGGAGGAAUUUGAAGGUGAGCCUCAAGGCACAGCCGCAGGGCUCGGCGUCCCGAAGGUGACACACUGCCACUUACAUGCAUUCUCCGUGCAAACUUCAUUACUUCAAACCGUAACAUGCUGUGCUGCAGUGUCAUCCCGCUGUGGGGCACUGGGGGUGCAGGAAGGUGCCAACGCCGCCAGCAGCCGUUACCUGAGCGAAUCCCAUCACCGUGUGUUGCGUUGCACGAUGGUGACCGGGCUUUUUCUCCUGCUCCCAUAAGAUUGCUUGGCGUCCUGCCAGCUGCUGAUCUGCAGUUCUGUUUGCUGCCAAUCCGGCUGUUACAAUUAAAAUGUGGAAACUUCCACUGCUGGUUGUGUAAGUGUGAGCUGUGGGAGCCGCUGUCAGCGGGGCGGUUUGGUGGCACUGCCUGCAGGGAGGAGGAGUGCACGGCCAUAAUGCUGCCUGUGCAGCAGUGUCUGCUGUCGGUUCGUACAAGGUUGCGUGGCCAGGCAGUGCAAACCAGUGCUUUCUCUUUGACAUGGAGGUGUCUCCAGCAGGUUUCAUGAGCAGAAGCUUUCCAUCUGGCAAUCUGUCCAGGCUCUGCACCCUCAGCACACACUGCUGAGUUCUUCCCGUCCCUUCCUGUGAUUGCUGUGUUUUUUUAUUUUAUUUUAUUUUACUUUAUCUGGGGGGAGAGGGGGGCUUAAAAGCUGCCACAGCACAUCCAGCAGUAUUUGUGUACCAAACAUCCCAGCUCAGCCCUGUGCUGUCAGUAGAAUACAACACUCCAGCUGCGGUGAGCUGCACCCCAUCCAACUCCUGGCCCCGCUCCUCAGCGGCCGCAGCAGUGGCGCAGGGCUGUGAGCUCAGCCUGGUGCCAAUGGCAGAGGACCCGUGGAAGGAGGAGGAGGAUCGAUUAUUCACAUCUUUCUCAGCUCAGGCUGUGCUGGGCCUCCUGUGGGAGGGUGGCACCCGGCAGGCGGGGAAUCAAAAAGAAAUAAGAGGGAUUUCUUGUAGCUGGUGGGGAGCACACCUGGAUGCGCUGGAGUUUUGCAGUAGUAAUUAUGUGUGCACACCUGCUGCUUUCAGUCCUGUAUCAGUUUGCCAGACGUGCUUAGAUUUAUUUCAGCCGUACCUGAAAAAGUGCUCUGACAGCAGAGCUCGCUGUGAGCCCGCACAGAGGGGAGCGCCCUGUCCGUGUUUUGUUGGAGCCGUUGGUAUCUCAGACAGAACUGCGGAGUUUGCAGGGGGAGGAGAGUGCUUGGAUGAUAUUUUAAUGGCAAUUUGUUUUUGCUUCCAUGUGUGAUAGAAAUACAAGUGACAGGAGUGGGAACAGGAGGGUUGCUGAAUUCUGCUGGAAUUUUUCCUGUGGGAAUCUGUUAAUGUUUUUAAUUCUCUGAGAGAUUUUUCUAAGCAGGGAGAAGAGCUGAACAGUUUUGUAUUCACAAGGAUGUGUGCUCACAUGGCCAACCCGGCAACCACCGCCUCAUGUCAGCAUGUAGAUUGAGUGGAUGCUUGAUCACUCAAAGCUAAGAGGAAUUACUUCCAAAGGAUUGCUGCCUUGCCCUCCAUGCUGUCCGUGUCGUUUUGCUCUCCCAGUUGCUUGGAUGGCUCAGCCACCUCCAGACCCACACUUCGUGCUCAGAGGCACCGGGGCUGCUGUCCACGCGCUGCAUUUCUCCUGCGGAGGUGGAGAACCUGACAUCCCCGUUCUGUUCUCUGGGUCUGAGAAUGGGUUUAUCCAUGUCUGGAACCUGAAAACUCACAGAGUGGACGCGGCCCUGGAUGGCCAUGGAAGAAAAUCUGUCUGCGGGUUGAAAACGAUGGAUGGUAAAGAGAGGCUGCUGAGUCAAGGCCGUGACCAGAGGAUCUGCCUGUGGGAUUUAGCAGAGGGACGGACUUCAGUGACGGAUUCUGUCUUCACGGAGAACGUGGGGUUCUGCAGAUGCUCUCUGUUAAAGGUGGCAGAGGGACGCUGGCUAAUGGCCACGGCAGCCAAGGCCCUGGAGGAGGUUCAGGUUUUGGAGCUGCCAUCCAAGACGUCAGUCUGUACCUUGAAGCCAGAGGUGGGUGCCAAGCUGGGCAUGCCCAUGUGUCUGAAGUUAUGGCAGGGCAGCUGUGGUUCACAACCGUCGCUUCUGGCCGGCUAUGAAGAUGGAUCAGUGCUCCUUUGGAAUUUGUCAACGGGGAAAGUGUUGAGCCAACUUAUUUGCCACCAGGAGCCGGUGAUGAGCCUUGACUUUGACUCAGAGAAGGCCAAAGGGAUCUCAGGCUCAUCUGAAAAGGUGCUUAGCAUCUGGAGCCUCAAUGAGCAACAGAACCUGCAGGUUCAGAAAACACACAGACUUGUCAAUGCUGGCAUAUCUGAUAUCACCAUCCGCCCAGACAAGAAGAUUUUAGCAACAGCAGGGUGGGAUCAUCGCAUCAGGAUCUUUGGCUGGAAAAAACUGAAGCCCUUAGCAGUGCUUGACUACCACACCGCGACUGUCCAUUCUGUGUCCUUCUCAGACCACAAAAGCCCCAGUGACAGACUGCUGGCAGCUGGUGCAAAAGAUCACCGCAUCAGUAUCUGGUCGAUAUAUACUCAGACGUGACACGUUCUGCACUGUCUUGCACUGGGAAAGUAGGAUCGAUGAAGCAACUCCUUACACUGUAAUUCAAACCUGGAUGUGGUGAAGUAGUAGAAUGUUUUUCCAGGCGAGGUGAGUCCCUGGAAAUUGCUAGAUUAAAUUUUUUAUGCUGCUUGUUCAUGUGGAAAGUUCUGUCUCCCAGGGAGGGGAGUUGACUUCUAAAAUUUAUAACAAGUGGAGCAAGGCCAGUCAUGGACAAAGACAGAGGACACCUUGAGUUCUGCUACAGGUUUUGCAACAGCUUUUCUUUGGCAUAUUGCUAAAAUAACUUGGGCCAAUUUCUGCAAAAAGAACUGGAAUCUCUCAGACUUCUGUGGGGGCAGAACAUCUCUGUUCGUAAGUCACUCGUGUAUCUAAGAAUCUGUAUCAGUGUAAAAUAUCACUCUUCUGUGAGAACAUAUACUCAUUAAACCACCUCCAGUGGUU